AUGCGCGUGAUUGUUACCGCCGAACCUUCUAGAACUGAGAAGAUAGAAGACUCUAGUAGUAAAAUUGGAACUGAAUUACUAUGCGUGGUUCGGGCGGUGUUGAAGAAGAUAAAACGGAGAGUUUUGGUUGGUGAUAAGGUGGUGGUUGGGUCAGUUGAUUGGGUAGAUAGAAGAGGAAUGAUUGAGAAUGUUUUUCAACGGACUUCGGAGAUUUUAGACCCUCCUGUCGCGAAUGUGGAUCAUUUGCUGGUUUUAUUUUCGCUUGAGCAACCACGGUUGGAACCAUUUGUGUUGACUAGGUUUUUGAUUGAGGCUGAAUCUACUGGGAUUCCGUUAACGCUUGCGUUGAACAAAGUAGAACUUGUUGAUCGAGAGAUGUUGAGCGAUUGGAACAUUAGGUUGAGAAGUUGGGGUUAUGAGCCGCUCUUUUGUAGUGUUGAUUCGAAAAUGGGGCUUGAUACUUUGGCUUCUGUUUUGAGAGAUCAAACGACAGUGAUUGUGGGUCCAAGUGGAGUUGGGAAAUCUAGCUUGAUUAAUGUUUUGAGAAAUAAACCCAAUUCUCAUGGUGAAGCAGAUAAUUGGUUUGACCCUAUAAUGGGUAGCAAGUGGUUCGAAGAUCAGCGUGUCGGGGAAGUUUCGACUAGAAGUGGUAGAGGGAAGCACACUACACGAAAUGUUUCUUUGCUUCCACUUGGUGAGGGAGGUUAUCUGGCUGAUACUCCUGGGUUUAGCCAGCCUAGUUUGUUGAAAGUAACAAAGCAAUCUCUUGCACAGUAUUUUCCCGAGAUAAGGCAAAUGCUUAUUGACAAUGAACCGGCUAAAUGCGCAUUCAAUGAUUGCUUGCAUGUUGGUGAACCUGGGUGUAUAGUGAAAGGGGAUUGGGAAAGGUAUCCCUUGUAUUUCCAGCUUCUUGAUGAGAUCAGAAUCAGAGAGGAAUUUCAGUUAAGGACAUUUGGAACCAAAAGGGAGGAUGACGUAAGAACCAUCACUUAUGAGAGAAGGAAAAUAGCUGGUUUAGCAUCUUUUGCCACUUGGACAUUAAUGCGUAAAGAGAAAAUCAUGACAAUGGGAAUCACUGAGAUAAUAGAAUCUGAAUCUGGUAUAGGUUUCCCCAAGGUUAUAACAAAAAAUCUUCCAUAUUCUUCUCAUGUUUCAUCUGUACCUUUUCAGGUGUACAAGGUUGGUGACAUGGGUGUCCGGCAAGCAGAACCACGUUUGGAGCCCAAGAAGCAUAGAAGACAGUCUCGCAAAAGGAUUAACCAAUCAAUACUAGAUGAGUUGAAUGAACUUGAUGAGGACGAAGAUUUAUUGAAUGAUGAAAAUGAUCCUAUCUUGAGGGCAUACAAGGAUGAAAAUAGUUAG